CCUGUACACGUUGAGUUGAAAUGCUACUAUGAGAUAUCGGCCUUGAGUCAUGGGUGAGACUACAAAUUAUACUAAAGCUAUGCCAGCCAGCUCCACAAUCACCUUCCACCCGCCUUGCGCUCUGCCCUCUUACACUGCUCACACGCUUGACAACAACGAUAUAGUGCUCCCUUUCACCCACUCGCAUCUCACUUCCAAGGCUACUGCAUUCGCUACCCGCCCGCUACACGUUCGGUCCGAGCACGUCUGCGCCGUAAUCCAAUACGCGCAGUUUUCGCUCAGAACGGUGGUAUCUUCUCACCGACCGCCUGAUAUGAACGCAAUGUCGCUUAAGAACACAGAUACUCUAACAAAGAAAAAUUCUGCCUUUGCUGCUUUUGCUCGCGGAUGUGAAUGCACUAGCCCAGCCCAUGCACUCAAAUAAUGUCAGAA